AUGAGCCUCCAAUCUACUUCCAAAGACCUUCCGCACCCAAUCGACCGCACUGUCGAUCAAAACCGUCCACUGUAAGCUUUCAAUCAUAAUUCAUGAUCUUUGCAUUGAUUGCGCGCGCUUUUUAUGUAGUGAUAAACUUUCUCAUUGAUAAGCAGCCGUUUACAAUCAAAUGAUGCCCAAAAAAGGAAGAAAAUGAGAUCUUUUGUUGUUUGAUAGAACAAGUUCUUUGGCGCGAAAAUACUUCCGCGUUUUGGGCACGGGCCACCCGAUUUUUGGCGACGAAUUCUUUGGUUUUCGAUGCCAAAUUUACAUUGACGGUUUGUGUUUCGACGCUCGAUUAGGCAACGUGGUUUUUGUUUGGUUUUCUUUUUUCUGCAAAAAAGGGGCUGUCUGAGAAGUUAACUGCAAAAGUUCUUCGGUAAUGAACAACUUGAACGAUUGAAAAAAAGGAAAUAUAAACUUUAAUGGGCAGAUUUUUUGAAAUCUCAAAGCUUCCUUUGUGGUUCUGUUAAAGAUUUAUGAGUUUUCGGUUUUAUUAUUAUGAGAUUCCUUUUGCGCCUUUUAAUCAAUUUUCACACCUUGGUAUAGGUGAUUCACGGCUGGCUUGAGCCAUCGAAAAAUGGGUCCUGAGACGAUAAGAAAAGAGAUAGUGUCGGGUUCGUGGAGAGCGCAGACAGGCCACGCCCCCUUAGAGUCCCAAGCUAGCCGUGAAUCGGACGCGAUUCGGACGGUUCGGAGCAUUUCUAGUGACCACUUUAGUAGUGUCAGCCCUCUUAAGUGACCCCUAGAGUUGCUGAGAAGCGUUCGGAGUUACAAAAGUUCGAGCUUUUAGUCAAAAAGCUCUCCUUUUUUGCAAAUAAGGACCAGAAAAAUGAAGACCAAUGUUCUUGACCAACUAAAAUCUUGACGAUGUUAUUUUUUGCCAAGGAAACUCUUAAAGUACGCGGAAGGCUUCGGUUUUUUUUCUCAGUAAAUAGAUACCGAGGCCUCGUUUUGUGCAAUCGUGCAUGUUUGCUGCGAGUUCGCCGCUCCGUACACAAACACCGGAGCGAAAAACCGAUUCAAAAACGGGCCAAACCGAUAGUUUUGAAGCGUCAAAAUAUUAUUAUCAUGCUCUCCGACGUUCUUCUGCGACUUUUACGAUCAAAAUCGUUCCGAUAUUAUGCUAUUCUGAAGGCUAGAAGGUUUAGUAAUGAUAUUAUUAUUCACGGGCGAAUUUUUGGAUUUUUUUUUGAACAUCAAGGAUCAUGCUUUUAAAGGGUUCCGUUUUUUUUUUCUUUUUAUAAGUUCCCGACACCAUGUCAUCGUCUUAUCAAUCAAAAAAUUCUGGUAUCAAUCAAAUUUCUUCCUGUUGUUUUUCCAUCCGUUCUUUGUACCAUGGGUUAUAUGGAUGCGAAGAAAAAAAAAACGUAAAAGAAUAAUUUUUUAUUGCCCUGACAAGCUUCAAGUCAAUGUGUCCAGGGAAUUCGAAGAAAAAAUAAUGAUUUUUGUUAUCUUGCUUGAAAGUUCAGUAGUGAAAAGCUGACAAGGGAGGUAAUUUUGCUUGGGAUUCUCUUGGAAACAAGCCAGAAAAAUCCUUGAUGUACCAAAGGAAGAUCCUGGAAGUCUCAACCUGCUUCACGAGAAAUAAAGUCCCUAAAAUAGCCUAUUUUAUUCAUUUUUCUUUGACUUUAAAGUGUCUUUUCUCAAAAACGAAAAAGUUUUGCGGUUUGAAACUAAGAAUUUGCUUCAAGGAACUUUCUGGCCAAUUUUCAGGAAAAUCCCAACAAAGUGACCUCCCUUGGGAGAGACCUUCCUGACUUUUUUUUUUUAUCGAGAAAACUAGUAUAAAAGUGAGAAAAUGCGAUAAAUUGAAGAUGGUCGGCGAUGGUGGCGUCGCUGGUGCUGGGCAACGCUCGCGGACUACUGUACGACGCGACGACGGCGACGCUUCGCGACCUCUGCGACGCCUACCGUCGCGCGCAUCUCGCCGGACUUCGCGUCGUCGAUUCGCUGCUCGCGACGCGAUCCCACGACGCCGAGAUCGUCCGAUUGAGGGCCAGCGGAUGCUUGGCCAUCCGGUCGGUUUUUAUUUUUGAACGGAAAAAAUUAUAACUUUUGGUUUUUGGGUUUUUGAGCGUCAUGGAGAAGGUUUUUGGUAAUGAUCCAAGAAUCGAUAAAUCUGAAUUUUUUGAAGGUAUAAAAGCUUGACCAUGAAGUUGGAGCCCUGAGAAUUUUCCUUUUUGGCCCCUUUUCAAGGUCUUCAAUUUAUUUUUCAAACUUCAAUUUGUAUCUUCCCCUGCUUAUACCAGAAGUAUAGAAAAACUUUUAUUUUUUGUCACGGUUCAAUUUUUUUAAAUUUUUUCUAUUCUGCACUUUCCAAGACCAAUCAAUUUUCACUGAACAACCUAACUUCAUUUUGCCGAAUUUUCCUUUCCCUGCUGAUACCAGAAGUAUAUAAAAACUUUUAUUUUUCAAUUUUCCAAAAUUUUCUCCGCACUUUCCAAGACCAAUCAAUUCACUGAACAACCUUUUUCGCUCAUGCGUCAUGACGACCCGAUUAUCAUUAUCUUUCGUUGUUUUCCUCUCGUUCUCUAAUCUUUUGAGCAAACAGUAUGCGAAACACGCGAGCAACCUUGGGACUUCUUAUCAAGUUUUUUGAAUAAUUAUUAAUUGAGUCGGCCGGAUUAAAAUCGGAAUGAGGAACUAAUUUUGUUCGCCUUUGCUUUUGCAAAAAGAACAGAAAUUAAAAAAAAAGGCGAUAAAACCGAUUUCCCUUCAGUGGCUACUUGACCGUUGUACAUUACUUUUCUGAAAAUGAAAAGAUGUUAGAUCUUACAGUAUCCUGAAAUGUUUACUGUCUACUCUUGAGUUAAGCAAAACUUACUCAUUUUUUCGAAGUUUGGAGUUUUUGUCCCAUCAGACUGAAAAGAAUUUGAAAAAAACAGUGGCAUGGGUUCAAGAUUUCUAGAGUGGUCCCUAUAGGGAUUAGAGGGAAGAACAGCUCCUAUAGUAGCCGAAAAAGUGGUCCCUAUAGGGGUAAAAUCAAAGUGGUUCUUACAGAGGUUCAGGGUCUGACCCCUUAGCGUUAAAAGCUUAAGUGGUCCCUAAGGGGAUCUAAAUUCAGUUUUUUUGCCUGAAGUUUAUAAAAUUUAUCGGCUAGCAUGUACCCUAUAGGGGCCACUAGCUAAAACCCCUAAAGAGACCACUUUUGCAAGCUUUAUUGUCCCUUGUCCCUACAGGGGCCACUCUGCAGAUCCUAAAUAAUUAAUGUGCAAAAUCAAAAAAUUAGGACCUUCCCUACAGUAUCCCGAACCAUCUCCUUGUCUUCCCGAAACUGCAGAGAACCAACUAAUUUCGGCGCUGGGUGGUGUGAGAUUUUCUCUCUCUCGAAUUCGACUUCCGAGGCCAUUUUUCUCUCGCACUUCCUUUCUUUCUCUGUCAAUCACCCCCAAAACGAUCUGUUGCUGAAAAGCUUAUCAAUUCCGAGAUUUACUUCCUCGUUCAGUCGUACUUUUUUCCUGUUGGUCAUGGUUUCUGAUGGAAAGGCUUAGGAGAUGGACAAGGAAACAUGGUUGAUGACUUUUUUUUGAUGACAAGAAUAAAGAUCAUGAUGAGAGGUUGAAUAUGAGAAGGCUGAAGCUUAUAAAACAUUAAUAAUUAAUUUUGACUUUAAAAGUUGAAUUUUCCCUAUAGGGGCGGAAAAAGUGGUUCCUGGUUCCUACAGGGGGUUUCGGGUCGGACCCCUUAGCCCCUGAAGUUUAAGUUGUCCCUGAAGGGGUCUUUCAAUUUCAUUAAAAAGCUUUUUUAAUUUGUUUUUUGCAUGGGAAUACUUCUUAGCUUAGAGUUCAUAGCAGUUAUCGACUAGCAUGACCCCAAUAGGGGCCACUUAUGCAAGCUUUAGUGGCUCCUAUAGGGGUUGGUAAAGGGUCCCUAGAGGAUAUCGUCCGAAGGCGUCUAAGGUAUCCCCCAUAGGGACCACUCUGGAGAUCCUAAGAAAGUAAAAGAGUGAUAUCAAAAAAACAAAACAAAAAAUUUCCAUUUUGAGUUUCCGACUUUUCAGAGAGCCCGACGCGUUCAUGGAGCAGUUCACCCAGGUUCCAACCGAAGUCCUGGACCUCGUUUUCCAGAGGCUCCGCAGUGCUGACAUUUGCCGCGUUCAGCAAGUCUCCCAUCAUUGGCGCAACCUUGCCCUGUGAGAAUCACUCUUUUCUGAACAAAAAUAGAAAAUCGUGGGUCUGAAAAAUCUGAAAUGAACAGAAAAACUUCUCUCGGCUUGUCUUAUACUUUCAUACGCUGAUAGGAUUUUUUUCUAGACUUGGUUUUAAAAUUCAUAAAUAAUACUAGUAGGUUUAUUCACUGCAUACGAUGAGAAAAUGUAGUUAUAAAAAUACAGAAAGGAGCGGUAGAAUAACCAGCAUCCUUAACCGUCAGUUCCAUACCGGUCCUGAGAAAAUAUCCAGUGGCCACUAUAGCGUUUUGACGUUUUAGUGACCACUGUAGUAGUCAAAUUAGUGGCCACUUAAGGAGGUAAAAAUUAGUGGUCACUAUAGAGGUCUAAGUGCUACUACUAGACCACGAAAAAUUUUAAUGGCCACUUGAGGGGUCAAUGGAACUGGUCCAGUCUGUUUGUUUUAAAGUUAUCAGAGUUACUGGAAGGAUUGCUGGAUGAAAAAAUACUGAAGUGGUCGUUAAAUAGAGAACUUCUAUAGUGGUCACUAAAUUAGAAAUUAGUGGCCCCCAUAGAGGUGGGUUCAGUGUCCUCUCCAAGUAGUCCUCGGCGAGCCUCUAUAGUGGCCACCAAAAAUUUGUUUCCACUUUUUAAGCCCUGAAAGGAACUUAGAAGUAUUCUAGAUAUAUUUUAUUGUUUGAAAUGGUUCAAAAAUUGAAAAAUUCACUGAUUACUGCGCAAAACUUCACAAUGAGUAGCGUGUUUCCAAGGAGAAACUUUUUUUUCGUGAAAGGUUUCAUUUUCCUUCUUUCCAGUGCAAGAAGAAGCAAAUACGCAAAACGGGAACUUGGCUCUUUGACAAUUGACUACAAUAAGAAAAUCACAAGGAUUUCGGACUGUACUGGAUCGAUUGGCAUCUUUGGCGGCGCCCUGAAGUUCGUUUUUCAAUGUUUAAUCACUUGUCUGAUUUCCCAAUGAAUUGUGGAGAUGAACCGAAAAUUUCAGCUAGGAAUAAAAUUAAAAAUAUUGUUUUUUUCAGAAAAAGUGUACCCCAACGAGCUGGUGCCAGGCUACGAGAACCUUCGAAUCGCCUCCCUGGAUAUUAAUGUCCAUGGCCUGAAUGAUGACGUCACGCCGCUUCAUCUUGAUGACGUCGACGCUCGCGCCGUCAAAAUCUACUUUUAUAUAAAUCUUCACAGCGAGAAGGAGUGAGUUUAUCAUGUAUUUUUGGACAUGAAAAAUCAGUUUUGGUGAUUUUUCGGAUAUUUUUUUUAUUUCUGUUGAAAAAUUUAAAGGCGCAGAACGGGAUUUUUACUUGUUCAUCUCUUUUUCAAAAAUCGUAUUCACAUACCUGAGAAUAUUAAGGUAAUAAAAAAGGGUUUUGACUGAAUUUAAUUAGUUUACCUAUGACCUGAGAUUACAAAUUGGGAUAGCAAGAUUUAAUAUAAUAUAUUAAAUCCGAUUUUAAUUCUCAAAAUUUGCAGACGAGUUGAGCUUCUGGUGUCAGCCGUGACGUCAAAUCCGCGAGUUCAACGGAUUUCCUUCGUCUCCUUCGGCAACGGCUCCGAAUUCCCGAAAUGGUUCCAAGAACUUAUUCAAGAUAAAUCCGACAUCGAACUCAGUUGUUAUUAG